AUGAGGGUUAUGAUCGACGGCAGAAGCAGUGCUGAGGUAAUGUUUUGGGACACUUUUAAAAGAAUGAAAUUAGAUGAAAGCGGGAUCAGAACUAAUCCCACACCACUCUUCGCAUUUAAGGGCAGCAAGGCAAGAGCAAUAGGAGACGUGACACUACCCGUCAUAGCUGCCGGAAAAACUCUAUUGGUAACUUUCGUGGUGGUGGACGCUCCGAGUGCCUACAAUGUGAUCAUGGGGAGAGAUUGGAUCCAUAGAAUGGAUGGGGAGGCAUUAACCAGAUGCCAAGUGAUGAGAUGUUUGACUAACGAUGGUCUUGGUACUAUCGAUAUCAAAGGGGAUCAACUCAAAGCCAAAAUGUGUUACAAUAUAGCGACCGACCUCAAGGAUGCAGCCAAAGCGUAG